UCAAAAUGGCGGCAGCUUCUGUCGGCGACAGACAUACUAUUGACACUCUUGCAGCAAAAAUGAGCAGCCCAGAAUGUUUGAAUGAUUUUGCUUCAUGUCGAUCAGUCCUGUCUAAAGUGAUGACCCUAAGUGCCAACAAUGCUAACCUGACACCAUUGCUGCCCUCUGCAGUCAAGCUCCUGGCCCACUCCGACAUGUGCAUAAAGAAGAUGGCUGGUCACAUCCUCAUUCAAUAUGGUGCCAAUGACCCAGAAAUGAUACUCCUUGCCAUAAAUACUCUCCUCAAAGACUGCCAGGAAAGUAACCCAAUGUUAAGAGGACUUGCUCUUAAAACUCUUUGUGCCCUAAAGCAGGAAUCGGUUCUUGAAUUUGCAGACAAGGCUAUAAAGAGAGCUUUUUCAGACAAAAGCUCCUAUGUAAGAAGGGCUGCUGUAAUUGGAAGUGUCAAAGUGUUUCAUUUCAAUAGCAGUUACAUCCGAGAUAGCCAUAUCAUUGAUCAGUUGUAUUCCAUGAUUCGAGAUCCAGAUCCCCUGGUGGUUGUCAACUGCAUCUCUGCUCUAGAGGAAAUACUUCAUGAUGAGGGAGGCAUUGUUCUCAAUAAGAAUAUAGCUCAUUAUUUGUUAAACAGAAUGAAGGACUUCCCAGCAUGGUCGCAAGCCAAUAUAUUGAUGGUCCUGAAAAAAUACACACCUUCAUCAGAUGAUGAAGUAUUUGACAUUAUGAACGUUAUUGAUCCUUUCCUGAAACAUAACAGCUGUACUGUAGUCUGCAUCUGCCUGGAACUCUUUCUGCAUAUUGUACGUCCACUUCCUCGUCUGCAAAGUGAAGUAUGUCGAAGAGGCAAAGAAGCUAUAGUGAGUCAGCUUGGUUCUGGCAAUAUUGAGCUUAUCUAUUCUGUAGUAGAUUUUUUGUCUUCUCUUUCUAAGACACUUCUUCAGGUGUUCAGUUCUGACUAUCAGUCAUUUUUCUGUCGCUACAAAGAACCUCAGUACCUGAAGAUAAAGAAGAUGAAAUUUCUACCUGAGCUGCUUAACCAGAGCAAUGAAAAUGCAAUUGUUGAUGAGCUGAGCCUCCACUGCAUAGAUGGAUGUAAGGAAGUGUCCAAAUGUGCAGUGGAUGCACUAGCCACCAUUUCUAGGUCUCACCAGCAUCUCAACCAAAGCUGUUUGGAAAAGUUCCAAGGUCUUCUUGAGAGCUCCUCCAGUCAUGUGGUAUCAAAUGUUCUUCAGGUCCUUCAGACAAUGUCUUUCAAAGACCAGGACAGAAUCAAGGACAUCAUCUCGAUCCUGGGCACUAUCCACAAGACUGUUGAAGAUGAUUCUGGGACUAUAGCUCUCCUACAUCUGCUAGGAGAGUAUGGGCAACACGUCGAGGAUGUUCCCUACAUUCUAGAAGACUUUGUGGACAGACUUGGGGAGAUUGACAACCCUGACCUCAAGGAGCAGCUUCUCAACACAGUACUCAAAGUCUUCUUUUUUCGACCUGGAGAGACUCAGUCAAUGUUAGGGUCACUGAUAGAGGCAUGUAUCAGUGAUUCCGAUCGUGCUGUGAGGGACAGGGCAGAGUUUUACUAUAGUCUGCUAGAGGCAGAUGUGGAAUAUGCCAAGUCAGUGGUCUGUGGAGUAGAUCCUGAGUAAAGACUCAGAUGUGACAUAACAACAACUUUAGUAUAGGGGUGAAACAGUAUACCGCGGUAUUAGUACCGGUAGAACCACAGUACUUAGCCUUCAGUUUGGUACAUCAUAAUGCAAUAAAGAAAAUUGGUAUUUUCGGUUUUCAUACUGUCAAUUUCUUAACCUUUUUAUACUUUUUCUAAAAUGUCCAGAACUCGAAUUGUUUUGUCAAAAUCUAUGCAUUCUUUGCCAUAUGUCAAUUUUAUGAUCUCAUAUACCGAAGCGAACCAAACUGAAUGCCUUGUACCGCAAUACGUACCAUACAGUGGUAAGAGCGUACCGUUUCACCCCUACUUUAGUAUAUUCAGUAUAGCUGAAACAUGGUAUAUGUGUGGGAUCAUCAGUUGUGAUAGUGUUUCAGUCUAGGUAUGUGAUAGCAACUGACUGAUUAUUUAUGUUGUGUGACUGAUUGAGAGUGCUUAACAGGGAUGGAGGUUAACCAAAAAAAUCUGCUUGGCUGAGUUAUGUUAAAUACCGCAAUAACCUCCCAUCAACAACCCUUUCCCAGGCCCCGACACACACUGUCACAAAAUGUGUGAAAUUCCACUAGCCCUUCUGGUUAACAUCAGCAUCAACUGAUACAAGGUAGCUCUCAUCUCAAUCCUUGUUUUCUCCAUGUGUAAAUGUA